AUGGUUGCAGCAGACAGCUUAGAGACUUUAAAGAAAAAAGACCAGAAUUCCACCAUUCCAUGUGAUGUACCAGUUCUUACUGAAUUACCUUUGCCUGAUUUUUCUCUUUACGUAAAACAGUGCCUACGAAAUAAGGAAUCUGCUAAAGUAUGGAAUAAAGUUGUAGAUGAAGCGGCUAACUUCUACCUUGCAUUCUAUCCCAAUGAUGUAGACAAUCAAAAAGCUUACAGAAUAAUUGGGCAGAAGCUUUACAGAGCAUUUCCUGAUAUCAAAAGAGAAGGAGAACUUCCAUGGUCUAAGCUACUAUCCAAUGAAGAUUAUGAAAGUCACAUCUUAGAAAUGAAGAAGGAAUUUGAAAAAUUAAAUAGCAAUGAGAGUCAUCUCAGAUUGCUUUUGAAAGAAUCUAUUAGUAAUAGACGGGACUGGAUUAGAAACGUGAGUGGUGGAAGGGUCAACCCUAUAUUAGAAAAGUUUCCAUGCUUUGAGUGUGGAAAAUAUAUAUGGGAGGAAUUUAAAAUUAUAAUGACAGAAGAGGUACAAAUGGAUAUGGAGGUUAUAGGAAGUAAUCUUGAAAAAAUUCUGAGGUGUCUUACCAAAGAUAUACCUAAGAAAGAAUUGAAGGAGGCAGAGUACAAAGUUCCUUCCCUGAUUCGUCACCUAGAAAAAAGAAACUGGUUACUCCAAAGGCAAAGGAGAGAAGUCAACAACUUUCAUCUCCGUACAUGAAGAUGUUGAUGAAAAGGAUGUGGAUAAGCUUACUAAAAGCCAUGAUGAGGAGGGACCUAGACUAAUUUUAUUUCUAAAGGGACAAAAUCAACUGGAAAUGUCAGUUAUAGCAGCUGACAACUGCAGAAUGUAUUGUCAGGGUGAAGCACAAUAGACAGUAUUAUGAUUUUAAUGGCAUGUUAUUACGUUUUCAAUCUAGAUUAUCCUAGAAAAUAUAAUCAGUGUUUAGGAUUUUUACAACAGUAUGUUUUAGGAGAUGCGUUUACAGGUGAAAAGAGUGCAAAAUAUAAGCACUUUGUCAAGAAAAUAACUGAUGACUUUUAAUCAGUUGAAAUUAAGACAAAAUGAAGUUUAUUUUUUAUGUCAUUCUAAAGCGAUAUUUCCUUUUUUUUUACAAAUA